AUGCGUCCUACUUCAGUUACUAGUGCCUUGGUGUUUGCCAUGUUCAGCUUGGCCCCUAUGGCUUCCGGCCACUUGGCGCCCGGCUCUACUGACAUGGAGCGCCGAUACGUCGGCUCCGGCGCUGCUCUGGCUACCAAGUUCGUGCGCUCUAUGAUUGAAGGACUUGAAACUCGCCAUCACACUGAGGCACAAAUCGCUGCUAAGGAGGCCGCCGCCAAAAAGAAGGGCGGAAAGAACAAUGCUCGUGAUGUCCCUCCGGAUGAUGAAUUCGGCUCCUGGGCCGAUAAGCGCGACCCCCAUCAUACUGAAGCUCAAAUUGCUGCUAAGGAGGCCGCCGCCAAAAAGAAGGGUGGAAAGAAGAACAAUGCUCGUGAUGUUCCUCCGGAUGAUGAAUUCGGCUCAUGGGCUGACAAGCGAGAUCCUCAUCACACUGAAGCACAAAUUGCUGCCAAGGAAGCUGCUGCCAAGAAGAAGGGUGGAAAGAAGAAUCAGGCACGCGAAGCAAGCGACGUUCCUCCUGACGAUGAGUUCGGCUCUUGGGCUGAUAAGCGAGAGCCUCACCACACCGAGGCACAGAUUGCUGCCAAAGAGGCCGCUGCCAAGAAGAAGACCGGAAACAAGCACCAAGCUCGUGAUGAGGUUCCUGCGGAUGACGAGUUCGGUUCUUGGGCUGACAAGCGUGAACCCCAUCAUACCGAAGCUCAGAUUGCUGCCAAAGAAAAGGCUGCCAAGCAGAAGGCUUCGAAGAACAAGUCUAACUAG